CUGUGGCGCCGUUACUCCUUUUCGGGAAAAGACAGCCUCAUCCGUUUUAGAGAGAGGACCACGGCAUCCAGAAGCGGGACGAGCGCAACGUCAAAGAGAAGAGCGAGGCAACUUUGAAAUCAUCAUGACGGCUGUUACACAGCAGAAUGGCAGCGCGCUUCGCAGCACGCCUCAUGUCGGAGUCAAUGGCAACGGCUCGACGGCAACCAAAGACCGUGCUCAGGCGAUUAAUCCCUAUGCACAGCCGUUCGCCUUGACGGCUCACUACAAGGCCACGCGCGACCCUGCCGCGGCCGAAGCUGAGCAGCAGUCCAAGGAUGGCUUCGUUCCCGAUCUUGGUGUGCGUCUCGUCUGUCCAGAGUGCCGAAACGAUCCUCCAAACCUCGUCGAGGAAUUUGCGAGCGGAGACCUCGUCUGUGGCGAUUGUGGCAUGGUCGUAGGCGACAAGAUCAUCGACACUCGAUCGGAGUGGCGUACAUUUGCCAAUGAAGAAGGCGACGACCCCUCGCGUGUCGGCCAGUCCAAUAGCCCCCUCAUGGAUGGCCUCACCGACCAGCUCGACACGCGCAUCGGUUUCCGCGACGGUGGCACAGGCGCUGCUAGGGAUUUGCAGCGAGCCAUGGGCCGCUCGGGGGGAUCGCAAAACCGUGUCAUCCUUGACGCCUUUGAAGACAUCCAGCGCAAAUGCGAUGUCAUCCAUCUCCCUCGCACCGUCUCGGAGACGGCAAAGCACAUGUUCAAGCAGGUCGAACAGGACAAGAUUCUCCGUGGAAAAAAGACGGAUGCCAUUAUUGCAGCAGCCAUUUACUGUGCUUGCAAGACCAACAAAGUCCCUCGAACGUUCCCCGAGAUUUGCCAGCUGACCAAUGUCAGCAAGAAGCUCAUUGGGAAGUGCUUCAAGGAGAUGCAGCAGGCCUAUGGUCUCAACAUCAACCACGGCGAUGGCAGCGGCGUUGACGCAGUCUCUCCCACCAACGCCGUGGACCUCGUCGGCCGUUUCUGUAAUCAUCUUGGCCUUGAGAACCAGGUGACCCGCAUCACCGAGGAAGUGGCCAAAGCUGUGCGAAACGAGGGCGUCCUGGCCGGAAGGAGCCCCACGACAAUUGCGGCUGCAUGCAUCUACAUGGCUUCGAUCCUUGCUGGCAUGACAUUGAGCGCCAAGAAGAUCAGCACGGCCGCAGGCGUGUCGGACGUGACGAUCAAAUCGUCCUACCGCGAGCUGAUCAAGUCCAAGGAGAAGAUCCUUACUUCGGCCAUCCUCACCAAGUACGGCAGCAGAAUCGAUCCGUCGCGUCUUGUCUGAGAACAUACUUUACUCUCUGUCUCUACCUCACCCCAUCCCCUUACUACAUGCACAUGGGUUCAUGCAAGUAGGCCCUUCGCACUUUGUCGAGGCUCAGAAUGGGUGUCGCAAAGGGGCAACAAGGGCAAAUCCACUUUCAAAACUGUAAUUCUACUACGCCUUUCGAAUUGUCAAAAGAUGCUUCAUUCACCAUCACCCCGAGUCUAUUCCAUUGUCGAACGUCUUUUGCGC